UAGGACUAGUAGUGUUGUGACAAUGGUUAUAGGAACAGCGAAAUUUUCUACAACUUUGAAGCAAAAGAUGAGAUUGAUUUCAGCUGGUUGAAUUUUGUUGUCAAUUGUUGAGUGUCAUUAAGGCUAUUAUAGUUUUUACUUAAUUUCCACCAUUCUCCUGAUUUUUGAUCUAUACUCCAAUGGGUGCCCAUUAAAGGGAAUAUGUCAGAUUCCCAAUUGCCAGUUCCAUUAUUCUGGGAGUCUCUCCACCAUAAAGACACAUCAAGGGAAGCAACAUCAUAAUGGUUUUCUGAACCCCAGCGAGGUGUGAAUUCAUGAUCAGUGCAAUCGUAGAGAAGGGUGAAGUUACAAAUAUUAAAUAAGUGGUAAAUAACCCGGAGUUUUUCCAGUGCCAUUUAAGUUUUCAACGCACAAGGAAAGAUUAUGGGUGAUUACCAAAAUUCAGGUGAGACAGACACCCCGGUAAGCUGGAGGGGUCCAAAGAAGUGAAUUAAUAUCCGGGGCUUGUUUUCCAGAGGGCCACUGAUAGAUAUUUUCAAAAAUGCCAUAGGAAAACUCUACGUCUUUUCUGGUUAGAUUCCUCCAACCUUCUAACGAUAGAGGCCAUGCUGCCGGGUCAGGAAUAUCGUGCGUGUGGUUUGCCCUUGCACAUGUCCAGCAAUUGGUAAGGCUGGCUCUCAGAGAGUUUCUGUAGAGUUGGGACUAAAGAGUGAGAUAGGCUAUGCGAAGUGGAUGUGGCUCAUUGUAUAAGCACCAUGAGGCAGCACUCGUCCAGAUCCCAGACAUUUUGUCGUUAAUUAAUGGGCAAUUUAGUUAAACAAUUUUAGAUAGUUAUUAGGAAAGGAUUAUUAGAGCUGAAUUUCAUGAUGAGGUUCUAGCUUAUUUUACAUGAAAUUUAGAGGCGGUGAAAACAAGGCAUGAAGUAUGAGGUGGAAAUGGUCAAUAGGGCAGUAAAGGAUAUUAAGAAGGCAACUGAAAACAGAAGGAAGGCGAUCUCCAUCACGUGAGAAGACCGGAGUUGCUCAUGGCCUCAGGAGGGUGAUUAUCGCAGCCGUUAUCAUGUAGAUACAUGAUUUGUGCAUUCCAAGGAUUUAAAUGGGGAAGACGUAACAUUGGGAACUCUGGCCUGGUCCUGUGUCUCAGGUCUUGCUAAUCUUGGGAUUUGUCAUCUUCUUCUCAUCCUGGUUUUGGGGUGUUUGUUUUAGUCACUUGGAGCCAAAUAUCAGCAACAGGAAUUGAAGUCCACUCAGGUGGAGGGGACGUUUUUACAUGAAUCCCUGGGUUUACUCCGUUUAAUUUUGCAGCACGUGGAUUAGUCAAUAAUCGCUGAUAAGGGUCUUUCCAACGGGGUAGCAAAGUCUUUAUCUGAUGCCUUUUCCAAUAAGCAAAGUUCCCAGGUUGUAGUCCCCGAUCCUUGAGGUCUUCAUCUCCUGGGAGCUCACUGUCGAGGGAAUUGGUUACCAACUUUUCAUUUUUCUAAGUGCCUUAACGAGACCCUGACAAUAGUGUAAUAUGUCCCUCUUAAGUAAAAUUUGUUGUUACAUUCCUACAUUUAAUUGCACAGGUCAUCCUGUUAUUAUUUCAAAAGGAGACACCUGACGUUUACCAAAACAUGGGGACCACAAGGAAGUAGGAGGAGUUAUUGGGCCUGCCUAGAAGGAAUGUUGGCCCUGUGGUCUUGGGGGAUGUGAGAGAGGGGGAGGCACAGGUCUGGGAGCCGUUGGGGAGGAGGGGGUGGUCCCCUCGCUGGAAAUAUCCACGGAAACUGUGGCUCACUCAGGGUUAAGUAGAAGUGCACAGACCCGGGGGCCCUGGCCACUGGCAGCUCUGCCUCCCCCCGUGUUUCCAUUUUCUGACCAGCUCUAGGAGCAGAAUCAAAAAGAAGCUGAACCAGGAAGCAGCGCGGCACAAAGAAAAGCAGAAGCGGGAGCCACAGACACUUGGCCCUCCUCCUUGAGGGGACUGAAACAUUGGGUCCAGCUGGGGUCUGGCGCAAUUGCAGAUGACAUCUGUGCUGGAGAGAUGACCCAGCAGUCCCGGGCUGUGUGGCUGCCUUUAGCUUUGCUGCUUCUCUGGGUCCCAGGCUCUCUGUCUCUGAGUGGCCCCAGAACUGUGACCGGCACCAUCGGGGGAUCCCUGAGUGUGCAGUGUCGGUAUGACGAGGAAUACAGAGAACAUAAAAAAUACUGGUGCCGAAACUCAAAGUGGCCACCGUGGAGGAAGAAGAUUGUGGAGACCACAGAGUCAGAGAGAGAAGUGAGCCGUGGCCGCGUGUCCAUCAGGGACCACCCCGCAAACCUCACCUUCACCGUGACCUUGGAGAGCCUCACAGAGGCUGACACGGGAUCUUACUGCUGUGGGAUCGAUACAUCGUGGUUUGAAAGAGUUUUACGUGAGCCCACCUUCCAGGUUGAGGUGUCUGUGGUGCCAGCAGCCCCAACAUCAGCCCCAAAGUCGGCGCCAACGUCAGCCCCAACUACAAGUAUCUCCGUAACCACAACCUCGACCAUCACCACCCCGGCCACCGUGAGCGCCACCCUCAGCGGGAGCAGCCAGGAGGGACUGCAGCAGAACCAGGGCUGGGGGCUCCAAGUGCUGCUCUCUCUGUUGGCAGUUCUGCUGCUUCUGUUGGCGGGGACCUCACUGCUGGCCUGGAGGAUGGUUCAGAGACGGGCCAAAGCUGGCGAGACUCCAGAGCCAGCCCAGACCCCCAGUCAGGCUGCCCCACAGAGUGAGCCCUGCUAUGAGAAUCUGGAGCUGCAGAUGUGUCCCCUUCGGGAAGAGCCCAUGAGGCCAAGGCAGCCGGAGGUGGUGUACAGCACGUUGGCAACCUCGGGGGGAGAGCUUCACUACAGCUCCGUGGUGUUUGACGGCUGGAGUCGGGGUUCCGAGGCCCAUAGGAUUCCCUGCCAGAGGUCGCCGGAGAAGGAGCCAGAGUACAGCGUGAUUAAGAAGAGAUAAGCCUGCGUCUCCGGCCUCGCCGUCUGGAGGUCUCUGUGGGCCACAUGGCCUGCCCCCUCCACCCUCACCCACGCCCCCUUCAGCCUGCCCUCCUCAGUGGUGACCCACAAGGCCUCUGGGCUCCCUCGGGCUGUCCCUCUUGCACCAUCAGCCCAACUGGCUUCAUUGAGGACGAGCGAGAGGGGACGGGGUUCCAGAGGGGCCUGUGGGAAACCCUCCCACCGUGUUGUUGCAUCUUUCCUCGCUUUCUUUGGUUCCUUCCAGCUCGGUGCGUGCAGGACAGGAGCCCAGUCCCUCACGGCUCCAGGAAAAGAUGUGGCUCGUGCAGGAUGGUACCUAGGAAUAGCUCUGUAAACCCCAGCCCCGUGGAAGUGUCUGGGAUCGCUGGGGAGUGGACAGCCGGGAGAGAGCCAGGAGAAGGCAGAGGCACUGAAGAUGGGUCCCCCUCACCUCACAGACAAGGACACUGAGUCCAGAGAGGAGAGGUUUAUCUGUGGCUCCAGAGCCAGCAGUGGGCAGCGUCCUCAGUUCCUCUGGACUCUUAGAUAGUUUAUUUUUAAUAUGAGAUACAAUAAAGUUUAAAAUACCUUGA